GGUGAAGAUAUAUUUUAAAUGCAGGGGGAGGGGGUCGCUUUUGUUCUGCAGAAAAAGUGGGCUUGUUCCUCGCAGAUCGCCCUUCCAUUUUAACCAGGGGUGUGAGUGCGAACAAGGGGUUGACAUUGGAGCCUGCGAUGGGAGUAGAGGGUAGACGGGAGAGUUGCCAGUCCUGCACUACGGAUCAGUGAGGCAACAUCACCGCUCUGAACGCACAGGACGCGCACGGUGUCCACCGCGGAGAAGACAGAUAUAAUUUGUCUACAACAGGAUAAGCUUGAAGGUAGCGACAGAGGAUUCACUGAAGGAAUUAUAAAAAGACAAAAACUGCAGCUAAUGAACUGUCAUCGUCGUAGGCAUUGGAUGACUUUGUUUACCUUUGCAUUCGUUAUCCUUUUUAUUAGGAAACUCGACUGCGCGUUUGCCAAAACUUAAAUGCAUCUCUCUUAAGUGCUCUUAAACGUUGCUUCUCGAGAGGGUCGUCUGACAGACAGACACUUGUCAAUAAUCAUUCAUCAUUGUUAUCAAGUAUCACUGUCACAGUUUCACCUUUUACUGUCAAGGUUGUUGAUCAGUCGUGAGCGUCAGCCUCGCCAAAAUAGGCUAUGGACCUUUAUUUGACUUGAGAAAUGUAGCAUAUUUUUUCCUUCAAAUAUUAGCCACGUCCCCUACCAUCAUUCAUCGUUUUGGAUUUUAAUGAAGUCUUUGAAGAAAGAGGACUUAAUCAGUUGGGACCGAAACCAGUGUUUCACACAGCUUAUCUUUACCAAAUAACCCCGACUUUCGAACACUGCAAGACCGGUGAUUCUGCAUAUCGAAAGAACGAUCAACAUUAUCAAAAUGCGACGUCUCCCAUCCCGAUUGAGUUAUCUGUUCCUUCACUUCUUUGCAUUCUGCUACUAUGCUCAGGUAACCAAUCAGUCCCCGCCUAAUUUCACGCAGCAUGUAAGCGAGCAGAGCAAGGUGACGGACCGUGUGAGCCGCAGGUUAAUUCGGACCUAUCAGCUAUACAGCCGAACCAGCGGGAAGCACGUGCAGGUUCUUCCCAACAAGAAGAUCAACGCCAUGGCAGAAGAUGGAGACUUACACGCUAAACUCGUCGUAGAGACAGACACGUUUGGAAGUCGUGUACGGAUCAAAGGAGCGGAGACAGGCUUCUACAUCUGUAUGAACAAAAGAGGGAAACUGAUCGGAAAGAAAAAUGGGCAAGGCCGUGACUGCAUCUUCUCAGAGAUCGUCCUGGAGAAUAACUACACAGCGCUUCGGAACGCACGUUACGAGGGCUGGUACAUGGCGUUCACCAGGCGCGGACGUCCCCGGAAAGGCUCGCGCACACGGCAGCACCAACGGGAGGUCCACUUUAUGAAACGUCUGCCCCGGGGAUCCCAUCCCACCCACCCAGUCCCUCAUCGGCCGUUUGAUUUCGUCCACUACCCCUUCAGCCCCAGGACUAAACGCACACGCUACUCAGCCGAACGCUGAGGAGGACAGAUGGACAGAGGACAAAACCACUGACUGACUGAGUGAACCAGGAACUGACUCCUCUGUCAAAAUCCUCCAGGGACAUUUUUCUACUGAACUUUCCUAACCCUAACAUGUAGUUUUUCGUAUGUUUUCAUAAAGUAUUUUUUUUGUUUGUGUGAAAACAAAAACAAAUAAGAAAUCUAUUUUUGUACUCAAGACAUUUAGUACUGACAUGUAAAGUUGUUUUUAGAUGCACAUAACUCAUCAUCAGACAUUUGGGUGCUGACGUUUUAGUAGAGCGUGGACUUUUUAUCGUCUCUCGACUCUGAGUUGUAUUUUGCUUUGUUUUGACGGUUCAGAGUCAUUCAGACUCACACUUGCUGCUCUAAAAGACUUGAAGGGCCCUGAUCGAAGCACUGUCAGAGAAUGCUGCAUUCAGAGACACAUACAGUAUGUGCUCACAGCACCACUGCUUUGUUCAAGAGCGCUGCGUUUAGUAACAUUGUGUUCAUUAGUACAUACAGGUACAGCACCUCUCCCGAACGCUUUGGCGUGACCUCGCUACUUCUGGAAUUCUAACAAACAAAUACAGAUAAAGCUAACAGAGCUUUAAGCACACACAAUGGAAAAUGUGGCAGCUACAUUGAAUCACAGGUUACCUGCUAUGGUUCUAUCUGUAAAUUAGAGAGGUUAAAAUGCAUUGAAAUGUUAUGAACCCCCAUUGGUUUUGUUUUGUUGCCCUUUUUAUGUUUUUAUGCAUAUAUGAAUAUAUUUUUAUUUGAGGAUGUGUACAAAUAAUUUUAAUGAUGGAAUAUUUAUUUAAAAUGUGUAAUAAAUGUACAUUAGAAUACUGAUAUUAAACUCGUAUUUGGCUCUUCUACGGCUUGAGAAGUGGGAAUAUC